AGUUGCUGUUGUUUAUUUCCCCCUCGGUCUCGGUGACUGAGCGCCGGACAUACCUCUUUGUCCUCCUUACCGCUGUGAGGUGGUGACAGCAGUUUGCUGUGUUCCUCUAUAUUCAGUUAUACCAGGGCAGUAUGUACGUUGAGAGUUGCUUUGCACAACAAUAGAGUAUGGGAGGAGAAGUAUAAAAUCGAUUUUGUGCUUAGGAGAUUUCACUUGCAUUUGGUGAAUUUCCUCUUUAAGAAACGUAUUGCGCUGUCUAUCAUUCUUUCUGUAUCUGCUGAAUUAGGAUUUUAGAACUGGAGUGGGGUUUAUUUCUGGGUUUAAAACAGCAAACAUCUGCCUACAGUUAAUUCUCAGAUAGUUCCGGGAAAUUUGAUUUGACGUGUUUGUGCGAAGCUUUAUGGUUGACUUUUUGAACCGCACCCUAAAUUUUCGGCGGAUCUUGCACACAAAGGAAUUGAACCUGUGAUUGUUAUCCUGAUGCUGUAUCGCAAAUCUUAAAAAAAAUAAACGGGGAACGGGUAAAUACAACUUCCACACGAUCCGCAAAUGAAACAAUUUGUAGUAAUACAAAAGUCAAAUGAUGCUGAUACUGGAAUUUGAAGUAAGGUCACCGACCCGAAACACUAGCCUCUUCAGGGAUCUUGUACGACCCGCUAUGUAUCCAGCAUUUUCUGUUUGCAUUGUGGUAGAGAUUCCCUCAGCAGAACCACUUCAUGUUCAAGCACAGUUCAGAACUGGGACCACUACAGUUUCCGAUGCUGAUGUAUAAGGGCUUGUGAUUAUUCCCUGAAGAUGUUUGCAAAGGCAACCAGCAGUUUUGUGAAACAGAUUGAGAGCAGUGGUGACUUGAUCCCUGUUAGCAGCCUGAAUGAUUCUGACAAACUACAGCUUCUGAACCUGGUAACAAAGAGGAAGAAGGGAUGGUUCUGGAAGAAAGCAAAGUACUAUCCGUCCACAUUUGCCCUUCAAGACAUAUUGACUGGCGAUGGUUCCAUCAAACCUGCUGUCACUGAAUCUGAAUUUCUCAAGUAUGAAGGAAAAUUUGGAGACAAUGUGGAGGCAGGUACGGAAGCUGAGAUUGCCAAUUUAAGCUUUAGCCUGGAAGGUCAGGACUCGGUGGCACUGGAAUCUUCUUUUGGAAACCUGAAGAAACAAGAAAUUGAUCUGGGUCAACUUUUAAAAAUAGCUGAGAAAAGGGCUAUACAUUUGGAUCAUUCAUUUGUCCAGCAAACCCGUGAAAAAAGAGAAAUUUUGUGUGUGGUAAAUGAAAAGAUUAUCACCUCCCAAAAGUGCUCAAUUUCGGAACAUUUGCAAAUUGAAGAAAAGUGUGGUGGCACGCUGGGACUUAAAACAAAAAUAUUGAAGGUUUCAGCAAAUGAUGAUGGGACAAUAUCCAAGGAUACAGAGAUUGUAUUGGAGAUCCCACCUCGUACUGUUAUUGCUUAUGGUGUCACUGAACUUUUUAUAGACCAGAAUGGCCAGUUUGAUCUCUGCCUACUCACUGAAAAAAGUGGAGGCUUUGAUAAAGUCCUGCUAGACAAAAAUAAAAAAGAAUUUUCAGUGUGCACCUCUUUGACAUGUAUUGAUGGAAAACACAAAACCAAAGAGUGUAUGAAGGAUGUCCCGAGCGUAACUUCGCUAAGUGUUUUAAAACCAGCUAUUGAAGAGGCUCAGCUACAGUUACAGCCGUUCAGUGAACUUUCUGAGGAAAAGUGUCAGCAACUGUUUAAAUUUUACUGUGAGUUCUUGUACCACGAAGAUGUGAUUUCCCUUCUUGAAAAUGUUUUGGAUGAGCUUUCUUCAGGGGAACAGCCAAAUCUGAUGGGCCUGCAAGAGCUGGAGUCAACACAGGCUCAAAAAAUCAAGGAUAUGCUACAGAUUUUGGGCUACAACUGCCCAAAUGAGGAUGGCUCUUCAGCGAUUAAAGAUGCUGCAAAUUCUGAGCUACUUACAGCUGCAUUCUACUUUUUUAGUGCUUUAGAUGCUUUGUCUGAAGAAACUCUUGCAGUUUUGGGUAUUUGCUGUGAAAUUCAAAUUCUCCCAAUGUUGCUUUAUUUGAUUAACAACAUCCCUGAUGAUGGAAUGCUUCCUGUUGAUAAUCCAGACCUGCUGCUCCUAAAAGAAGAGGAUCACUUUUAUGCAACUCAACGUCUAUUUGCUUUAUCAAAUAUCUGCCUUGAAAACAAAGAAUCAUCCAUCCACGUUGUGACUGGCAAUCAGCCUGGUGUGCUUCCAGUGUGCCUUUGCAUUGUUCUGCAGGGAUUUGCUAUUCUUAAUGGGAUCAAAGAUGAAUAAACAGUCCCAAUCUUCAGGCUUGGAUGUGUUUAAAAGCUGAUCUUCAUUUUAUGGCUUUAAUGUAUUCAAUACUGUUGAUGUGUCGUAAAAACUCCAGGAAAAUGAUUAAUGUUUUGAGAAGGAGCAGGAUGGAAAGUUCAGUUGUGAAUUCCUGUCAAUGGCAAAAUGAAUCACAGAAUUUCAGAAUUAAUACAAUGCAGAAGGUCAUUUGGCCCAUUGUGUUGGCACAUGAUGUACAUCAUGUUUAUAUAGUAUAUUCCAUCUUGUAGAAAAUUGAAGAGUGUAUGGCAUUUUGUAAUGUCAGAAAUUACAGGAAAUUAUUACUUUAAGUUGUCAGCAAAAAUCAGUAUUUUUAGUUAAUUAGUUUAAUUAGGCAAAACAAAAUAGCUUUGUUUCAAUAAGAAGUUAACGUAACAUUAUCUGGAAGAGGAAAAAUGUUGAAAUCCAAAUGAUUUUAUAGUUGGAUUAUAAGUAAGGAAGUGAUAGUUACGUGGUGUCAAUAUCCCCUGUGCCAUUUGUUCAAAUUCAAAAUCUGGAGCACUGUUCUAUAUUUCUCAUUUCCAAAUUUAAACUACAAUUAAUAAAAACUUCAGCUGAAAACACUAACAGUUAACUACCAGAAUAGUCCAUGUUUGCAUUCACUGAAUAUUGAUACGAAUUUCUGACUAAUUUUAAAGUAUAAUUCUACUAAGCAUAAACAUGGAUUUCAAAUAAGAUUUUACAAGAAGUUGUUCUAUUGAAAAGUAAUUUUAUAUUUCUGAAUGAAGAAUGUUAGAAAUUUAACGUUUAAUAGUUUGAAAAACUAAGUGAUUUGUUUUAAAUUUGUAAUAUUACAGAUUUGUUUGUAAACAUGAAGUUUGUUUUUCAGUUUUUACAUGUAUCUUUAUUGAAGAACUUUAAUAAUGUUAGCAUCCGACAAAUCAAAUAAUGAUUGUCGAGGUCACUAACUUUGACGUGUUAAAAUCAGUACUGAAGUACUGUACCUUGUGCAGUUAGUUCUCAGGUUAAUCGCAUGCAUUUAAAUACCCAUCGUACAUGAAAUCUACAGUUCGGAAGACAGUUCUUGAUGUUUACUAUAGGUGUAUAGAAUUCCCACUGAGUGGAAGUAGAAAUUUCAGUACAAGCAGUUGAAAACUAACUUAUACCAGUAUUUUUCUUCACUAAUCAUAUUGUCUGGUUGUGCAACCUCAAUAUUUAGGUGGAUUUAUUUUGUAACAAUACUAUUUUCAACAGUUUACAUGUACACAUCUAAAUGUGGAGGCGUUGCUUAAAAUAUUUAAUUAUGUGUUUACAUUGAUGCUUAACAAAAUACUUACAUUGCUGCUGUGCAUUCCUUCUUUAAAUAAAUUUGUGUUCUUAAGAGUA